AUGGCGGGGAAGACUGACUCGGUGUCGAUCCGCGUUCCGUACAAGAACCUUCGCCACGAUUCCUCCGCUCCCGAAGUCGAACUCGUCGAUGUCGACCACCGGAACUCGCCGCCUCCGCCGAAUCACUCGCCGUCGCCGCCCAAGGCCAACGCCUCCCUCCUCAGACUCGUUCUCAGUUGCACCGUCGCCGCCGGCGUCCAAUUCGGCUGGGCCUUGCAGCUCUCUCUUUUGACGCCAUACAUUCAGACGUUGGGAAUAGGACAUGCGUUUUCUUCCUUUAUUUGGCUUUGUGGCCCCAUUACAGGUCUUGUGGUUCAACCCUGCGUUGGAAUUUGGAGUGAUAAAUGUACUUCAAGGUUUGGCAGGAGACGGCCGUUCAUUUUGGCAGGAUCUCUUCUGAUAUCUGUGGCUGUGAUAUUAAUCGGAUUUUCUGCAGACAUUGGAUAUCUAUUAGGUGAUACACACGAGCAUUGCAGAACUUUUAAAGGGACCCGAACAAGGGCUGCUGUUGUAUUUAUUCUUGGGUUCUGGAUGCUGGACCUCGCAAACAACACAGUGCAGGGGCCAGCUCGGGCACUUUUGGCUGAUCUGUCUGGUCCUGAACAACGCAAUGUCUCAAAUGCUGUAUUUUGCUCAUGGAUGGCAGUUGGAAACAUCCUAGGAUAUUCUUCUGGUGCUAGUGGAAAAUGGAACAAAUGGUUCCCUUUCUUGACAAGUAGAGCUUGCUGUGAAGCCUGUGGCAAUCUUAAGGCAGCAUUUCUUGUGGCUGUGGUGUUUCUGGCAUUUUGCACACUUGUCACCCUAUACUUUGCUAAUGAGGUUCCACUUGCUACUGCAAGUCAACAUCAUGACACGUCAGAUUCUGCUCCUUUAUUGGAUGAACAACAACAAAAUGGUGUUGAAUUUUCAAAAUCAAAGCCUUUAUCUGUUAUUGAUGAACCCAAUGGUAUGGGAAAUGAGGAUCACAUUCAGAAAGAAGUAGACCUGAAGCAUGAGAAUUUCAAACCUGAGGAAGAUCAUUCUGAAAAUUUAAUGGAUGGGCCUGGGGCAGUACUGGUAAACUUGUUGACAAGUUUAAGGCAUUUGCCACCUGCUAUGCAUUCAGUCCUGAUUGUAAUGGCUCUCACUUGGUUGUCAUGGUUUCCCUUCUUUCUGUUUGAUACGGAUUGGAUGGGGAGAGAAGUUUAUCAUGGGGAUCCAAAAGGGAACGCUUCUGAAGUUUAUCUAUAUGAUCAAGGUGUUAGAGAAGGUGCAUUUGGUUUGCUAUUGAAUUCUGUUGUCCUUGGAAUUAGCUCUUUCUUCAUUGAACCAAUGUGUAACUGGAUGGGUCCAAAAUUAGUAUGGGCAGUGAGCAAUUUUGUGGUCUUUGUUUGCAUGGCUGGCACUGCUAUAAUUAGUCUAAUUUCGGUUCGAGAUUAUACUGGAGGGAUAGAACAUGUAAUAGGAGCAAGUGAAACAAUCAAGAUUGCUUCCUUGGUUGUGUUUGUUCUCCUUGGUUUCCCACUUGCAAUUACCUAUAGUGUUCCUUUUGCUGUCACAGCAGAGUUGACUGCUGAUUCAGGUGGUGGCCAAGGAUUAGCUAUAGGAGUUCUAAAUCUUGCAAUUGUUGUUCCCCAGAUGGUUAUAUCCCUUGGUUCUGGUCCUUGGGAUGCUCUCUUUGGCGGUGGCAAUAUUCCUGCCUUUGUUUUGGCUUCUGUAUGUGCUCUUGCUGGUGGUGUCAUUGCAGCUCUCAAACUACCAAAUCUGUCUAGCAGUUCAUUCAAGUCAACGGGAUUUCAUGUUGGCUAGCUAAUGGGAGAUCUAAUGUGGUAAUAUUUUAACUUGUACAUGGUCCUAUGAAAUUGGGAGUACACACGAAAUAUAGAGAGCUGGCACGCUGAUUACGUGUUAUGUUGCUUUCCAAUCCACAGAAGGCGCGUGCCAUAUUCAAAUUCAUUCAUUUUUCUCCCCACAUCGUGGGUGUCUGUAUUUUAUGUAAUGUUAACCCACUGCACAGUAGAAGAAAGCUUAGGUGCAUAUAGCAACACAUUUUUUGUAAUCUGGUAUUCUGUCACUUAUGCGUUCUUUGUAUGAGAUGUGAAUAAUAGAGGAAACUAAAUACAGGGGAUAGAAAUGAAAAGGAAAUAAAGUAUACAAAAAUAUGUUUAAU